AUGGCCUCCUGGAGAAUGUGUCAGUUUCUGCUGCGGGCUGCUCCACGCGCUGCCUCCGUCCCCCGUACUAUGCAUCUCAGCAGAGGCUGCACCAGGGCUGUGAGCUACGGCGGUAUUCCCACUGAUGAAGAGCAGGCCACUGGACUUGAAAGGAAAAUUUUGCUGGCUAUGAAGAAAGGACAGGAUCCAUACAGCACUCAGUCAAAUUCAGGACCUCCAGGGACGAAGGAACAUCCCAUUAUUGUGCCCUCUAUCAACAAACAGAGACUUGUUGGUUGCAUUUGUGAAGAAGACAAUUCUGCAGUUAUCUACUUCUGGAUCCAUGAGGGAGAAGUGAAUCGAUGUCCAGAGUGUGGCUCCCACUACAAGCUUGUGCACCAUGAGCUUCCACACUAA